CCGCCUCAUAGCCCGCCCCCGGCGCGGAGCGGCGCGGAGCGGCGGGGCCGCGUCCUGCUCUUCAUCAUCACCCUCCUCAUCCUCCUCCCCCUCCCUCAGCGCCGGGGGGGCAGGAUGGCCGAGCUCAAGUCUCUGGCCGGCGAGGCUUACCUGGCGCUGGCCCCGGGUUACGCCCCGUCUCCUUUCACCUACGGCGGCGCCCAGAGCCCUCGAGGAGCCUUGUCGGGGGGCGGCGGGGCGGCUUUCCACCACCCCGGGGCGCUGGGCAAGGCGGCGGAGAGCAGCGGCGAGCAGAGCGGCGACGAGGAGGAUGCCUUCGAGGCCGGGGCGAAGGGCGGCGAGGCCUUGGAGCGAGAGGGCAAGCUGAAGGGGGCCGCCCUGGGCAAGAAGCCCAAGGAGCAGCGCUCGCUGCGCCUCAGCAUCAAUGCCCGGGAGCGGCGGCGGAUGCACGACCUCAACGACGCCUUGGACGGCCUGCGCUCCGUCAUCCCCUACGCCCACAGCCCCUCGGUGCGCAAACUGUCCAAAAUCGCCACCCUGCUGCUGGCCAAGAACUACAUCCUCAUGCAGGCGCAGGCUCUGGAGGAGAUGCGGAGGCUGGUGGCCUACCUGAACCAGGGCCAAGCGCUGGGCGCCCCGCUGCCCGCCACCCUCAGCCCCUUCGGACAGUCGGCCGUCUACCCCUUCACUGGCACGGCCUUGCCUGGCUGCCCCGAGAAAUGCACUGCCUUCACGGGAGCCGCCUCCACCCUCUGCAAACACUGUAACGACAAGCCUUGACUUCUGCCUUCUUCGGGCUUCUCGGGUUUAUUUUUCUUUCUUUUUUUCCUCCUCUGCGCCUUUCUUUCUGCUUGCCACCAGCCCCGGCUUCCUGCCAUCAGUUAAGUCUGGGUUUUCUGUUUGUUCAUUUUUCUUAAAUCACCCCCUUGUACCUCAUUUGGAGAUGCUCGGACCCAAAACACACCCACUGUUAACUUUUAGUUUCUUCCCCCCUGUGCAACUCCAUCGGUAGUCGUUUCCCUCCCAGCCCGUUAGCGGACUGUGAGCGUGGCAUUUCUCUUCUGCCUGCUCUGACCUGCGAAGUUCUUGAGCAGUUUUUAAACUACAGAAGCACAGGGAAGGGGAGAGAGAGAGAGAUCUGGAAGUGGAAACCUCAGUGAGUUGUCUUUGGACUGAUUGAUCUGGGUUGAAAACAGCUUAAAAGGAAAGAAAGAAAACCCAGCCCCGAAACUAUGCAAUGUUUCAGAGCCACACGUAAACGAGGGGCUUCAUUUGUAGCCAGACAGGGCUUGCUUGUGCCCUAAAACCCAAAUGAAAAUGUCAUUUGGUCAGCUCCUGGGAGGGAGGCAGUCUGGUGCUCUUGAUAAAGCUAUAGAUGCUUCAGAAUAAGAUGCAUUAUUUUGCUCUUUAGAAAAUAAUCUUGAACUGAGGGGACUCUGAUUGUAUGCUAAUGCCUGCUUUUUGCCUGUUUCUCAGCUUGGUUAAGUUUUCCAGAUUUUCCAAAGUCGUUGCUCAUCAUAAGCAAAGCAAAGGUCACUUAACCUAUUUAUAUGUAUUUAUAAUAAAUAAAAGACAUGAAUAACCACUUUCUCUGUCCUACAUGUCUCUAAAACCAGCUGGCAGUCCAAGCAAAGCCCUGCUGAAGUCAGGUAACGAGGAGGUGCUGUAGCAGUGCUUCGCAGGGGACCAGCGCUGUGAAGUUAGGCGAGCAAUCAUCGUGCUUUAAAAAGCUUGUGGAAAUCCAGCUCCUUCUCAGCAGGGAUUUGUGUUUUUUUUUUUCUCCAUCUUUUCUAACGAAUCUCAAGCACACAAAAGUGAUGUUUACAGUUAAGCAGACUGUGAAUGCGUGAGGUUUAGCUUAUGUAUUUAGAUGCUUGCUGGAAAAUGCUUUGCCCCCAGUGCUGUGCUGGGGCUGCUGUAGCACUGAGCUUAGCUCCGAGGACACUGGUGUAAAACACGGCAGGGAAGGAAAGUGUUUAAAGACUCUGCUCGUCCCUUCAGCUUGGUUUUCUGUUAUAUCUGCAGCUUGACCCUAGACCUACGCGUGGUUUGGGCUGCUUAAUGUCACGGCUAAAUGAAUAAUCUCUUGCUGAGUGUUGACUGCGGUAGUACGAGUUACCAAGUGAGUCCCUCGCCGACCAAGUUUUGAUGUCACUGUGCUGGUUUACUUUGGUUUGCUGUCUUAUUAUGUGCCUUGUAUGCUUCACUAAUCAUUAUAUAAUCAUAAUUGAGGUGCAUUCAGUGAUUUCUGCUCAGAUAGGAAUACCCACCCCAUGUCAGAGCAACCACACAAACUGGUACAGUCGCAGCCCGAGGGGCUCGAGCUGUCCGUGGCCAUUUGUGUUAGGAGUGGGGUGUAACUAUUUAGGGUUAUUAAACCAAUUUCCGUGGCUGUCGUUAGUGUUAUGCUAAUUUGAAAAGGACUGCCAUCCCUCUAAAGCUGCUUGUCGGUGGCACUUAAUUUUAAUUAAUACAUUUCCAAAAGACUUUUUGUGUUUGGAAAAUGAAGUGUGUGAUUCAGCUUCAUUCAUAAAGACGUAUGCUUAAAACUGAUUCUUGCUCACUUCCAAUUUUAUAUCUUCAUUUCCUCUUUUUUUUUUUUUUCAGAACAGUUUAUCUGUUGUACCUCUUUCCAUAAAAGAAAGUCUUGAAAAUAUUCUUUAAAGGCAUCUGAUGAAGUGAAAGCCAACCAAAACCACUACUGAAGCAAAAUUGACUGGAAACUGCAAAUCACCAAAGGUCAUUUGAUAUCUUGCAGACUGAGUUGUUGCCAGAGAUUAUUUUGGAAAAAAAAAAAAGGGUGUCUGUGUAACAGAAUCAUGAUUUUUAGCUAAAUGUUUAUUAAUUCUGGUUAAAAUUAUUGCAAAUUGAGCAGUUGGGAAUAUUUAAAUGGAGAAUGGUUUAACUUACGUUUUAUCAGAAACUAAAAUAGUUGGAAUACUUAACAGCUUAAUAUUAAAAAAAAAAAAGUUUGGGUUGGUUAUGAACUUACACUAAUAACAAUUGAAUUUAUAAUUGCUGUUUUUCCCCUCAAAUAAUUAUGGUAAAAAGUGGCUCAAUUUCAGAGCUGAGAAAAGUCUUCAUAGUCUUGCAGACUGUUAUUUUUAAGAUAUUUUUGGAACAAGUAUUUUUAGUACAAUGAUUAAGUUUUUCUACAGUUUCCAUGAGAAAAAGGCUUGCUCAUAUUACUGUAUCUACCUGGAAUCCUAAAAAUUCACCUGCAGGGAGUCCUUGAAAUAUUCAGAAGGUUCUUUGAGAACCCACAUUGAAUUGUUUGCAGGAGGCUAAAUGUAGAAUUUCAAAUGCAAAGUUAAAACCUUUAUUUAAGAAAAUUUAAAGAAUUAAAAAUAGCAAGCUUGAGUAUCUAAGUACUGUUAAAAGGCUAAGUGUUAAAAACAAAUGUAGAACUUAUCAAAGCAAAGCUAAAGUAAUGUGUAAAUAAUUAUUAAAAUCUACUUUAAAGAAUAGUUGUUUUAAUUCCAAAGUAAAAAGAAGCCCAAUUAUAACUUUGCCACAGACAAAUUAAUAUUAAACUACAAGGUGACUAGCUUCUGAGAUAAUCUGAAAGUUCAGUUCCGUGACUUGUUUCUAAGCCACAGUGGACCUGCAGGAUUUUAACUCUUUUUUUUGUACAGAGCUGGAACCCAUACCGAGCCCAUCGUGCUUCCUGUUGACAGGAAGGCAUCUGUUUCGGUAUGAUUUGCUCUGCGUUGAGCUGCUGCUAAAACUGCUGCCAAGUGAAUGCCUGAUACUGCUGGAAAGAUGGUUUUGUUGGGGGGAGAUAAACUAGUGUCUGACUACUGCAUUUGUGUGCGUGAAGCAUCAGUGUUAACCUUGCAAAUGUGGAUGGUUAUCCUGGGGAUAAGAUCCCGUGACCUGUCAUUUAUUUUUCCCCAAUGAAAAAAAAAAAAUCUAUUAUGUGUUCCAUGUAAGGUUUCAAGUGUCUGGUUUUGGUUGGUGUUUCAGAGAAUAUAAGGGGAGCACUUCAAAAUGCUGAAACUCCCUUUUUCUUCUCAAAUGUCCUUGUUAUGCUUCCUGUUUGUUUUUUAUAAAGAAGGAUUUAUGAUGUAUGCUGGGAUGCAACUGAAAUACAGCUCAUGUGUUCUAAUCUACUUGUUACCCUGGUAUGUUCAAAGAAAAGACAAUGCCAACUUUUAAUUAAAGAAUAUAUUGUUUUCUUA